ACAAGGAGAAAGUGCUCAAAUGGAGGAGAGCUCUUACUGAAGCAGCAAAUUUGUCUGGAUGGCAUUUCAAGGAGGGAGAGUAUGAAGCUACAUUUAUCAACAACAUCGUUGAUGGAAUCUUAAGCCAAGUACUGAGCCGCACAUAUUUGAAUGUGGCCAAGUACCCAGUUGGAAUUCAGUCUCAUGUACAAGAUGUGGAAAUGCUUUUGGAUGUUGGUGGGAAUGGUCGUGGCAUGGUUGGGAUAUGGGGAGCAUCUGGAAUAGGCAAGACAACAAUUGCAAAAGCUAUUUUUAAUGCAGUUGCUCAUAAGUUUGGAGGAAGUUGUUUCUUGCCAAAUGUUAGGGAAAAUUCAAUGCCACACGGAGGCUUAAUCCAACUACAGGAGACUCUCCUUCAAGAGAUUCUUGGUGGGCAAAAGUUGAAAAUUGCCAGUGCUGAUAAAGGUAUCUCUAUCAUACAUAAACUAUUGAGGCAUAAAAAGAUUCUCUUAAUUCUUGAUGAUGUGAAUCAAUUGGAGCAAUUAGACAACUUGGCUGGAGUUGGUUGGUUUGGUGAGGGUAGUAGAGUCAUCAUAACUACACAAGAUAGCGGAUUGCUAAAAUGUCAUGGAAUUGAGUUGAUAUACGGGGUCCAAAAGUUAUUUUACUACCAAGCUCUUGAGCUUUUCAGUUUGAAUGCCUUCAGAAUAAAUGAACCUCCAAAUGAUUAUUUGGAACUCGCACAACGUGCAAUAGCUUUUGCUGAUGGCCUUCCGCUAGCUCUAACAAUUUUAGGUUCUCAUCUUCGUAAUAGAGAUAAAACAUUUUGGCAAGUUAUAUUAGAUGGUUUCAAAGGAGAACCUUAUACACAUAUUGAAAGAAUACUUCAAAAAAGUUACGAUGCCUUGGAUGAUUAUGCAAAAGAAGUUUUUUUCGACAUUGCAUGUUUCUUCAAUGGUGAAAAAAAGGACUAUGUGCUACGAAUAGUACCCAAAAAUUGCAUUGAAGUACUCGUUGAUAAUGCAAUGAUAACUACUGAAUGGGAUGAUAGGAUUUUAAUGCACGACUUGCUAGCAAACCUGGGAAAGGAUAUAGUUCACAAAGAAUCCCCCAAUGAUCCUGGCCAGCGUAGUAGAUUGUGGUUUUACGAGGAUGUCAAACAAGUUCUAACCAAAAGUACAGGAACAAGAAAUAUUAAAGGCAUCAUGGUGAAGCUUCCAGAGAUAACCUUUAAUCCAGAAUGCUUUCAUAAUAUGGUAAAUCUUGAAAUUUUCAUAAAUCGUAAUGCAUCUCUAUGCGGGCACAUUAACUAUCUGCCCAACGCAUUAAGAUUUAUUGAUUGGGGAAGAUGUCAGUUACAAUCUUUGCCACCCAAUUUUCAAGGAAAUCGUCUUGUUGUGCUCAAUAUGCCUCACAGUGAUAUCAAACAAUUGGAGAGAUUUAAGCAUUUGCGAAACCUGACAUCCAUGAAUUUAAGUUAUUGUCAAUUUUUAGAAAAAAUUCCUGACUUAUCCGGAAUCCCAAACAUGAAGUACUUGGAUCUAAGUGAGUGUACACGUUUGGUUGAGGUAGAUGGUUCUGUUGGACUCCUUGAUAAACUUGUUGAAUUGGAUCUUGGUGGAUGCUCCAAUCUUACAAGGUUUGCAACAGCACUUCGAUUGAAAUCUCUUAAAAAACUUGAUCUUAGGUAUUGCGAAGGGCUUGAGAGUUUCCCAGAAAUAGAAGUCGAGAUGGAAUCACUAUGGAGUUUGGACAUAUCAGGAAGUGGCGUAAGAGAAUUGCCAUCAUCAUUUGCAUAUCUUACUGGGCUUGGAAAAUUGUAUCUUGGUGGAUGCUUCAAUCUUACAAGGUUUGUAACAUCAUUUAGAAUGAAAUCUCUUGAAGAACUUGAUCUUAGGGAUUGCAAAAGGCUUGAGAGUUUCCCAGAAAUAGAAGUCGAGAUAGAAUCACUACGGAGUUUGGACAUAUCAGGAAGUGGCAUAAGAGAAUUGCCUCCAUCAAUUGCAUAUCUUACUGAGCUUCGAGAAUUGUAUCUCAAUGGAUGUUUCAAUUUUACAAGGUUUGCAACAGCAUUUAGAUUGAAAUCCUUAGAAAUACUUCAUCUAUGUGAUUGGGAAAGGCUUGAGAGUUUCCCAAAAUCACCGCUGCUUUCAACUAACUCAAACAUCUCAUUUCCACUUCCCAUCCCUCUUUAUUGCUGGUCCACAUUACAAGAACUUGAUCUAACUGGAACCAAUUUUGUCACGCUUCCGGAAUGCAUUAGUAAAUUUGUGAGCUUGUACAUGCUUUACUUGCGUGAUUGCAAGAGUCUUCUUGAAAUUCCACAAGAAGCGUGUCCACCAAGAGUAGGUCGGGUAUUCCUGGAUAACUGCACAUCAUUGGAUAAAAUUCCAAAACUGCCACUAUCAUCGAAGUUUGCGCAUCUGAGUUUGAUCAAUUGCGUUAGACUACGUGGCUAUGACAUCAUAGAAAAUAUUUUUCUGGAUCAGGUAUCUUCUCCGCAUUCUCAAUUUCAAAUUAUUCUUUCAGGCGAUGAAGUACCAAAGUGGUUCAGCUGUUGUAAAGAUGCAACACUAGUUCAUGAGGAAUACUCCUUUAGGAUUGCUCGAUGUGAAGUUUGUUUUGAAAUUCCUCCAAAUAAUUUAGCUUGGGAGACGUUAAGAUUGGUUCUAUGUGUUGUUAAUAAAGGUAGAAGACACUCAUAUUUUCGCAGGGCAGAGUUAAGUGUUCAUAUCAAUAGAAAAAUGGUCGAAACGAUAUUUAUUGUGGAUAAGUAUACAGAGGAAACUCAUGUGGUUCUUGAGUGUAUUCCAUUACAUGUGGGGGAAGAACUGACGCUGUUGCAGCAGGGUAAUAUGUGUCAAAUUAUAUUUGAAUUCUAUAACGUGCCCAAACCCGUUAAAAUCCUCUGCGGGGUCCACCUAUUAGGCCACCAGGUUGCUGAUGUCACAGUUGAUCGUGGGCAAAGGCAGUGGUUGUUGCCUGAUGCGAUGGCAGUGGACGACGAUAUUCAUGAUGAUCCACACCAAGACAACGAAUUGCUUUCCUUGCCUUCAGCAUCAGAGAGUAGUCUUGGCAAGAGGCCUUGGUUAUCAGAUUUCAUGGCACUUGAUGAUGAUCAUCCUGCUAACGUCGUUGACGUUGGUGAUCAUGAAGCUCAGAGAGGAGAGGCGGAUCACCCAAAGAGGAGGCACACUGAUCUUAACGAGAAGCCAAAUUCUCUCUCGCCUCUGUCUCUUCGCUGCCCUCUGUUUCUCUUCACUCUCCGGUGGCUUUGCUCCGAAUCUGUGGUCCUUCAGCUCUCAGUCUCUCCUCACUCAGCUCCGACUGUCUCUUCUCUCUUCCUCUCCCAGCGACAGGGAAAUAUGGUUGGUGAAAUGAAGUUGAUGAUUGCGGAGGAACAAAAAUUCCAAGGGAAAGCAUUGUCGUUAUCCCAUACGAAGACGGCAAUCACUACGAUAAAGGAGAAAUUCACUGAACAGCAGCUGCAACUGUUUGAACAGAGUUGUUUUGGUCAUCUCCUAGGGAUUGAGGACCUCAAGUGGACUUCUCCGAUUGUCCACGGGUUGCUGCUCAGGAAAGCUGAUCCCAAGACAGUUUCCCAACUGAACGGGAUCAAAUUCAUUGUUGGCAAGAAGGUCAUCCAAUUCACGGCGCAACAAUUUUGCAUCGUGACAGGGCUAAGGUUUGGAAACCUUCCCUUGAUUCCGAUUCCCACGAAUGAGAACUGCUCAUUGAAACGGAAGUACUUUGCCAACGAUAAAGCUGUGAACCUGUUGGAAUUAGAAAAGGCCUUCCUCGAAUGCGAUGAUGUGGACGAUGUAUUCAAGCUUGGAUUCGUAUACUUUGCUGUCUUUGUGCUGUUGGGCAGCGAAAAACAUGUCCACAUUGACAUGCGAUAUUUGAAGUUGGCGGAAGACCUUGAAGACUUUGGGAAGUAUCCAUGGGGUGCUGUGUCUUAUGCGAAGACAAAUGCGUCACUGCUGAGGGCACUUUGUGCAGAUUACCAGCGAGUGAAAGUGCCCACAAAAACUGCCAAAACAAAAAAAUCUGGAAAGAAACCAACAACAACGGCAACCGGUAGACCAAGAGAGUACCACCUCAAAGGUUUUCCGUAUGCACUUCAGAUUUGGGCGUAUGAGGUGUUUCCAGCGUUGGCUGCACUACAUUUGGUGGUGCACGAAGAAAAUGCGCACAUCCCUCGUUUACUACAUUGGAGGAGCAAUAGUUCGCCGCGUUUUUAUGAGCUAAUGAGCCAAGUAUUCGAGAACCGUGAGGUUGAUGUGCAGCUUCUUCGGCCAUCUGUGAUGGACAAGCAGCAGCCGUAUUGGACUUGGGGUGACAGUGCUGACGACAGUGAAGAACUUGUUGACUUGUUGGGCGAUGACGCUGAACAACAAACCGGCACUUCUGCCUCUGUAGAAGAAAAAGAGAAGGACAUUGACGAUACUGCAAACCUUCCGUCGUCUUCUAAGGGUACAGUCGCGUCCAGAGAGUUACGCACUUUGAAGCGUGACUUUCAAAGGACAAAGGAUGAAUUGGCCAAAGUUUCCCUAUCAAAUCGAGCACUUUGCGACAGAGUGCAUCAGUUGGAAGACAAGGUACGGAAGGAGUCAAUGAAAGCUGAAAAAGAGUUCGAAAAAAAUACAAAGUGUGUGGAGGAUUUCCGCAACACCCUGUCUUCAAUGGAGCAUUAUUUUAAGUUGGAGAUAGAGCAGCUGAAAAAACAAAAUGGUGGGGUGAAUGAAGCUGCGGAAGGACAUGAGGACCUCGGUAGUCCUCAUAUGAAUGAAGGAGGCAACAAUGACUUGUCGCCAUUACAUGCCUAUGUAAGUCCGCCGACAGAACCGGCAGUAAUGGAAACACAAGUCCCCGGUGAUGGAGCCGAACCUUCCGCAGGCAUGGUAGUUGAAGAGGCAAAAAUGGCCGCUUCAGUUCCUCACUCAGAAGUGCAUGAAGUAGCUGACCCGGCAGAAUCCGAUGAGCUGCCUACCCCGGAAGAUGUUGCUGGGUGUGACGAAAUCUGCCAAAGAGUCAUGAAGCUGUUAGAAGAUUGGAAAAUCACUAAGAGUAUGCCAUCGGGAGGUUUGAUGAAUCCUCCAAGUCUACCCACAGUUACUAUGGCUGGUGAUGAAGAAGGUAGUUCAAGUAUUGAAAACAAAGAAGUGGAAGGUAAAGGGUGCAGACAGAAGCGCCCGGCGCAGACAUUGUUGAGCCCAUUUACAGAUCCUUUGAGGAAGAAGAGGACGAUGACUGUGUCGGCUGCGACUGCAACCCCGCCAUGUUUUGAUCCAUCCAAAUCCUUGCCCAUUGAAGAUGUGAAGGCAGUAAUACAGUUUUGCAGUGCCUGGAAAAGCGAUAUCAGUGCGGAGGUGCAGCUGGAAUCAUUUUCAGUGGGCGCUGAUUUUUUCUACAGACUUGUCGAUGAAACCGAAUGGAUGAGCUCAAGGCACCUGGACAUGGCAACCUUUCUUAUCCGCAAAAGGCAACUAUCUCAUCCGUUGGUUUUUGGAACGGACUGGACAACGGCAGAUUGUUGCUUGCAGCAAUUUCUAGAGCCGUUCAAACCGACGGCCAGGAAACGUGGAUCGAAGAAGGCUGCUAGUUCAAACACCGUUGACCUUCCAGCCAGCAAGGUGAAGAAUUUACAUCACUUUGUGCGUGGUACGUGGCAACACGGCUAUGCCCAAGCUUGGACAAAAGUCCGGAAGGUGUAUUUUCCAUAUAAUCUGAAAGGGUCUCAUUGGGUUGCAAUCGAACUUGAUUUCGUAAGACAUACUGCAACCGUGUAUGACUCCUAUAUUGAUUAUACGAAACGUUCAAAGCUGGUUACGCUUCUGCACCCUAUUAGCGAUACGCUGGCACGAGUGCUGUUCGAUAUGCACUUUUAUGAUGCUUCUGAGGUUGAAGAGGUGAAGCAAAAGGGGCUGACGAUGUCGAUGUAUACGCCAUUCUCAGUGUGCAGCAUUGCAGAUGUGCCACAACAACGAGAUGGUGCGUCUUGCGGAAUCUUGACCGUCAAAAUCAUCGAGCAUCUCAGUGCUGGGAUGUCGGUAGAUAAAGUUGACCCUUUGAAGAUCAAAUAUUACCGACUCAAGCUUGCAAUUGAGGGUUUAAGGGGGGAGGCAUAUUUAUGAGGUCGGUCUCAACCAAGGGUUGAUUGCAAUAUUCCAACCAAGAUGACCAUACACUGUUAUUUGAUGGUCUGCGGGAAUGGAUAUUCAAAAGUACAUAAAGGUUGAGAAGGUUCCUGGUGGCCAGUUGGAAGAUUCAGUGGUUCGCAAAGGAGUAAUGAUUAACAAAGAUGUUAUUGCACCUGGAAAAAUGAGAAGAAAGAUUUUCAACCAACGCAUCAUUCUUCUUGAUUGGCCGCUCGAAUAUAAGAAAGGCGAGAACCAAACAAAUGCUGAGUUGCUUAAAGAAGAAGAUUGGGGAGUCCUGCUACAAUUGGAAGAAGAAUACAUCGAGAGGCUAUGUGUGCAAAUAUUGAAGUUUAAACCAGAUGUGGUUAUCACAGAAUAUGAUGCAUCAUUAUUAUUUUGAUCAGAAUAUGAUGCAUCAUUUAGAUCCUAACCACAAUUUUUUUUCCAUAGCAUGCAAAUGGUGAAAAAUCAUGGAUUGGCUUUGAUGGUAACACUGGUGUGAUAACUGAUGUGAAAGAGAAAAAGAUAGGUGGAUAUCUUUUUGGCUUACUAUUGUUGCUCUCUUUUAUUUCCUUCGCUAUCUCAAUAUUCACAUUUGUUGGGUGAUUUAUAUUUGCUGAAAGCUCUGAAAGAGGACUUUUAAUGUAGUAUUGUUCUCAAAUGUAUCCAUUAUAUGUCCCUUUAUUGAUA